UUUGGGAGCAGACACAUACAGCAAGGGGGAACCCGGACAGCCAUCCUGUGUAAAAGGCACAGGGAAGGUUUUGGGGCAACACCUAACUUCUUUUUCUGUGUUGCUAUUUGGGAGUUGGCUGUACAGGGAACGAUUGAGUACCAGCAGGAGCCUACCCUGUCCUGCUGUCCCAGACUCCACCAUUUUCAGUCCGUGGAAGAUUUCCUCAGCAUCCAAGAGCCAGCAUGCCAGGACACUUGCUGCAAGAAGAGAUGAAUUCUUCGUGUACAACCACCACGACCAUCAUGUCACCCCACUCUGAAGCCAUGCAGAAAGGAAGAGAGAAAUUAAAGACGGUGCCCCUCUACCUGGAAGAAGAUAUCCGCCCUGAAAUGAAGGAGGAUAUAUACGACCCCAGCUACCAGGAUGAGGAGGGGCCCCCGCCCAAGCUGCAGUACGUUUGGAGAAACAUCAUCCUCAUGACCCUGCUGCACUUGGGGGCCCUGUAUGGGCUUGUGCUGAUUCCUUCCAGCAAGUUCUACACUUUGCUCUGGGCAUACAUCUACUAUGUGGUCAGUAUUACGGGCAUUGGAGCUGGAGCCCAUCGCCUGUGGAGCCAUCGAACUUACAAAGCACGCCUGCCCCUGAGGGUCUUCCUCAUCAUUGCCAACACCAUGGCUUUCCAGAAUGACGUGUAUGAAUGGGCCCGAGAUCACCGUGCCCACCACAAGUUCACAGAAACACACGCUGACCCUCACAAUUCCCGGCGUGGCUUUUUCUUCUCUCACGUGGGCUGGCUGCUCGUGCGCAAACACCCGGCCGUCAAAGAGAAGGGCGGAAAACUGGACAUGUCUGACCUAAAAGCUGAGAAGCUGGUCAUGUUCCAGAGGAGGUACUACAAACCCAGCGUCCUGCUGCUGUGCUUCAUCCUGCCCACACUGGUGCCCUGGUAUUGCUGGGGUGAAACUUUCCUACACAGUCUGUAUGUUGCCACUUUUCUGAGAUACGCUCUGAGCCUCAAUGCCACCUGGCUGGUGAACAGUGCCGCUCAUCUCUACGGCUAUCGCCCUUAUGACAAGAACAUUGACCCCCGGGAGAAUGUCCUGGUUUCCAUGGGAACUCUGGGCGAGGGCUUCCACAACUACCACCACGCCUUCCCCUACGACUACUCUGCCAGUGAGUACCGCUGGUACAUCAACUUCUCGACAUUCUUCAUCGACUGCAUGGCUCUCCUGGGCCUGGCUUACGACCUGAAGAAAGUAUCUCCGGCCGCUGUUUUGGCCAGGAUUAAAAGAACUGGAGAUGGAAGCCACAAGAGUGGCUGAGUUUGGGGUCACCUUUUUUUUCCAUGCCCAAAACCAGCUGACCAGAGGUUUAAUAGUGUGGCUCAAAGAGUAGAAAAUACCAUCAAUGUUCUAAAGAGCCUUGUUUCAAGACACUGUUAUUGUAAAAUAUUCAAAUAUUAAAAGGUAAAAACUCUUUCAUGGUCUAAGCAGAUACCCUUUUAUUCUUAGUCUUCCGCUCCAGGGGCCUUUUCACGGCUAAGUCCUCCCUCCCUCUUCAUACUUUAUUGCCUUCAGGGAAGCUGUAGUUAGCAGUAGGUAGGAAGAGACCUUUGAAAACUCAGCAGAUGUUUUAAAUUAAAGGGCUCCAUGGAGGGCACUCUUGCCUUGAUCUCUCUUGAGCGUCAACGGAGGUGUCUCAAGAAUAGACUCCAAGCAGAUCCUCCUGGACAUUGUCUGCUAACUACCGUCGCGAAAAGGCAAAAACCGACAAACAAAAAAACUACCACAGACAGAAAAACGAAACCCAAACCCUUUCCCUGGCACAGGGCUUGCACUGUGAUAAACUACCAGGGGAGUCAGCAGGCUGGAUGUGAUCCUUACAUGGGGGCGGUGUCACGUGGCAGAGGUUAUGUUCUUUCUGUGAUUGCACCCAGCGUCUAUCCAAGCAGACACCAGCCCCUCCACACAGCAUCCUUCCUUUCUGUCCUGUGCCUUAGAACUUGGCAAGGAAAUUCUUCCCAUUUCAAGACGGAGAGGGAUGAAGAGGCCGAGACAGGCAGCUGCUCACUGUUAGCUUUCCCAGGGAAAGUUGUUUGGAUUGAAGAGUUUCUGAUGGAUGACUCCAUGCCCCUCUGCAACAGUUUCAAAGCCCGGUCCCUUUAUUAGUCCAGGUUGCUCCUUGGAUUGAUAAAAAUCCAGGCAUCCCUCCACAGCUGUAAAGGAGCAGGUGGGCUGUGCUGACUUCAGGUAGGUCUGGACCCACAUGAGGACCUGCUCAGAAAUCCCUAAAGAGUUUCCAUUCUAGGCCAUUUCUCAAAGGAAGCAGUAAUAGUUAGGGUCAGGGAAAGCAAAGUGAGUUGUUCCCUAAUUCCAGCAGAGGGCGCAAGAAUGCUCACAGCGCCUCUUCUUAUUUCUUGGAGAAUUCUAGAUGACCUAAAAAACAUUCCCGACACACACUUUUUUCUUGGUAUAGCCGUUUAAAAUGAUGUGGAUUUCCACAACAUUACCACCCUUAAUGAGGACAGUUACACAGGCUGAAUCACAUCCCCACACUGCGGCAGUCCUGGUGUGCGAGGGUUUUCAGUCAAUCCACUGGUCUGGAUACAGUCAGUGCUUUGUUGAUACUCAGAAACAUGCCCUGCUACGAUCCUAGCAAUUUUAUCUCGGCAAGUGUCUUUUCUCCAUCCUCCUUAAGACUCUGGUACAAGCAGCACUCACUGUAAAUCAUUUCAUUUUCUUCUCAAGUAAAAGUGAGGAGGCAGGAGAGAUGGCUCAGUGGUUAAGAGCACUGGCUGCUCUUCCAGAGGUCCUGAGUUCAAUUCCCAGCACCCACAGGUGGCUCGCUGCCAUCUAUGGUGGGUUCUGAAGCCCUAUCUUGCAUAGGGCUGUACAUGCAGAUACAGCACUCAUAUAGAUUAAAUAAACAAAUCUUUAAAAAAUAAAGUAAAAAUGAGAAAAUUAAAGUGAACGAUUCUGAGGUAUUUUGUACACUCAAACGGUUAUGGAGCCAACACACCUAGUUCCAAAACAUUUUCCUCACUCCAGAGAGACACUACACCCCCUAACUCUGACCCUUCUUCUCCUCCUCUCUCACCUCCUGUGCCCAUCCUCCACCCCUGGCAACAAUUUCUCUUUUGCUCUUGGUUUACUGUAGUAUUUCACAGAAAUAGAGUCAUAGGUCUGGCCUUCUUCAAGCAUGUUCUGUCCGUCUGCUGACAGCGGAGCGCAACUCAGCACUUGACUCCUUUCACUUUUCCUAUUAGCACCUCAUUGUGCCUAGACAUCCUCGGUGUGGCCAACGCCUCCGGACUAGCUGGCCUGGGAGCUCCUGGGCAGCCAUCUGUCUCUCCCUCCCCCAUCUUCCUAGAAGAGUUCUGUGAUUCCAGAUACGCACUGCCGCAUCUGGCUUCACCUGGGUUCUGGGAUUUGAAGUCAGGACCUUGAGUCUGUCUGGCAAGGACUUAUGCACUGAGCCCCCUUCCCAGCCUCUUUUAUCCUAAGGAGCAGUCUCCUUUCCCCAGUUAAAUUUCCCAGCUAAAUGUGCGUUCAGUCUAGCUUCUGUCUCUUGGUUUUCUACAGACUGUGAGGUGCAUAGCCACAUGGGAAGGUAGCGUAUCCCCACACUUUUGGUCAAACUGUACACAGGUCUCUUUUCUUUCCCAACGUCUAUUUCCUAAUUCCUUAGAAAUACAGGUUCUUUUCCGUGCCGUUAAUAAAAUACCAGGCAAAAGCAACUUAAGGGAGGGAGUUUUCCUUUUGGCUUACAUGGGAA